AUAGCUGCGCGCUUGAACUGUUGACUCCGAAGUUGACUCUCUCUUUUAAAUGGGUCUUUUUGCAUGAUAACCCUCGUAAUAGUACGCCAGAUAAAGUGAGGAAUAUCAUUCGAACUAUAUAAGGAGGACAUGAUGUGUGCCGUAGUAUCGCCGAGUUAUUGUGGAGUAGAUGUGUGCGUAGAUGAAGAUGUGUUGAAUAAUGCACCUCACUGCCCCCACGGACCAACUCUUCUGUUUGAGCGAUUCACACCAGGAAAGGACACAAGCCAACGUUACUAUGCCUGCUCAGCCUGUCGGGAUAGGAAGGAUUGUGGAUUCUUUCAGCUCCACACCAAUGCUGAGAUCAUCUCGGACUUCAAGAAACAGAUGAGAGAAGAGUACAACCGCUCCAGACAACCCUGGAAGCGACAGGAAGAUUUCUACCAGAGAUUCAUCACAACAGAGAGUCUUGAUGAGAAUGAGAGAAUGUUCUGCUAUGAUUGUCAGCUGCUUGUUCUACCAGAUGAACUGCCGACUCACAGAAAACAUCGCACCAAGAAGGGCAUCACCCAGACAGACUUAGCAAGACCCAGCUACCUGAUGGAAGCCAUUGAAAACAAUAAAACUAAUGCUCAAUACCUAUUUUCAACCAAAUCAGUGAAAUUCCUCGUCCAGACACUAAGAAUUCUUGGCUUUAAGAGGGUACUUUGUGUUGGUGUUCCAAGGUUGCAUGAAGUCAUCACUCAGAAUAGUUCUUCUGGUUUGGAGAGUCUACUACUUGAUAUUGAUCAUAGAUUUGGUCAAUUUUACCCACCCUCUCAGUUUUGCCGAUACAACAUGUUCAACCAUUACUUCCUGGAUGGUCCAACAAGUCAGGAGAGAUGCAGGGAGUUCCUUCGAAGGGACGACGGUGAAGGUGUCGUCAUGGUAACGGAUCCACCCUUUGGAGGCAUGGUGGAUGCUCUGGCAUCCGGGGUGAGGUGGAUCAUGGAAAUGUGGAGGUCAAAUGUUACACAUGUUGGACGAGCUCUACCCGUAAUGUGGAUAUUUCCCUAUUUCUUGGAACACAGGAUCAAAGAGAGCAUUGAAGGAUUAAAAAUGCUUGAUUAUAAGGUGGAUUACGAUAACCAUCCUCUGUUUAAAGGAGGACCGGACGCCAAAAAGAAAGGAUCACCAGUCAGGAUCUUUACGAACCUUGAUCCAGCUAAAAUAGAAUUACCAACAUCUGAAGGAUACAGAUUCUGUAAGGAAUGCCACCGGUACGUAGCUGCUGAAAAUGUUCACUGUUCCAAGUGUCAAGAGUGCCCUUCUAAAAAUGGUACCACAUAUGUCCACUGUGAGAUCUGCAACAAAUGUGUCAAACCAUCUUUCAGCCACUGUACCAAGUGCAACAUGUGUGAGCUGCCAACUCAUAACUGUGAAAAGGUCCAAGGUGGUUGCCACGUGUGUGGGGCACUAGACCAUAAGAGGAAAGAUUGCCCCAAGAGAGUAUCAUCAAAGAAAAGGUCAUAUGAGGAGGCUGUGAGCAGUGAUGCCAGCAAGCUGUUAACCUGGCCAAAGCGUAAGAAAAAGGCUUCUGCACUGUCCUCAGUUCUCCGUCAAUUCAGACCCGUAGAAGAACAGGCUUUUGGGACACCACAGGCAGCAGCUCUUCUGAACACCAGCAAAAACCCAGAUGAGACUGUAGUCCGGUCUCCAGGAUCGUUAGGAAGCCCAUGUCUCAGUACUACACGAUCAUCUAUACUGCAGUCGACACCCAUUGUACAAAACACCAUAAGCUCUGGUGAUACUGGUGGAAGGACAGUUCAACCUAAUGGUUCUUUCAAGGAAUCGCCAUGUCUGUCCAGAGUUGAUGGUAAUGACAACAUCCUUGAAGGGUCCAUCAAUGGAUCAGGUUAUAGCACAGGGAGCAGUGUGGAUGGGAGCCCUCAUAGUUUAAGAAUGGGACAGUCUAUGCCAAGCCUGAGUGGUAUCGGAUUAAAGGAGAUGAGGAAAGAAAAGGUUGGUGGAAAGCAAAUGUCCAAGCUGAAGAAUAAAAAGAAGAAGCUGAUGGAGAGGAUUGAGAAGAUGCGUAUGAAAAGAAAGAUUAGAUUAAAACUGUAAAUCUAAGAUAUAUUUCAUCAAUGAUUUGAUAUGAAAGCAAUUAUCACUGCCUCCAUCUACAACUAAGCAGGUGCCUGCUUUGUAUGGAACUUACAGAUAGCGUAACGUUGCAAUCAUGGUACAUGUAACUACCAUAGUCACUGCUAUUGUAAUAUGGCUCAGCAGCUUAUGGAAUCAAGGUUCCAAGGUAGUGGCAAAGUUACUUUAAUCGUAGGUUUACAGGAAAUGGGGCCCUUGACAGACCAAUAUUUUUUGCUACUGUGUUGACAAUUCUGUUAAAUAUUGAAUAAAAAUUGAUUAUUACAUUAAAGCUAUUGCAAAUCAUUACAGAAAUGUAACUAAUCACAAAUAUUGUAUUAAUUUGUGUUGCAUGGUCCUGAAGCCUACUAAUUUAGCAAUGAAAAUAGCAAGUUGGUACACAGCUGUUAAUGAUUAAUUCGUCAAACAAGUAUAUGCAACCCUAUUUCCAAAUGAUAUAUUUUUUCGGAAAGGGAAGGUAUAGUAUCUGUAAACGCCAGCAAGGAAUUUUAUUUGAUUUCUGAAAAGUACAUAUUACACCAUAUGCUUCAGACCUUUACAUUCUGCAUUCCAUCUUGUAUUCUAGAAAUACAAAGCCAAGGGGACAUUACCCCUCUGACAUUGUUGAAACUUUUAGGUAAGAUUUCAUUAUAUACCAUUCUGUUGCAAAAUUUUACAGCUUUCAGUGUUCAAAUAGUUUCUGCAAUUCCAGAAGUAGUGAUUUUGUGUAAUUACAUGUAACUUAUCUAUGUGUGGUUGGAAUGGAAGUAGCAUUUUUUAAUGGAUUUAUGUAUUCAUUAUCUGUUUGAAAUAUGUAGUCCUAUGAUACAGAAGUGAAAAUACGAUGUGUGAACAUUUAGAUUACCAAAGUCAUCGAUUAAAAGCUUUAUAGUGCAAAAAAGUAUUUAUAACACAUAAGAUAUUUGUGUAGCCAUAGUGUAUGAUGUAUGAGAGCAAAGGAUAAGUGCCAUAUAAAUUAUAUCAAUCAAUUUCAAGUCAAGUGUUGAACUCCUGCCUCAAAUUAGUGUUUUGGAGUUAAUUCACAGUAUGAAAAAAUCUUUUGACCACCCAAAUUUGUUUUGGUAGAAAGUUAAUACUAUUUGUUGCUAUUUCACACAGACAAAGUUAAGUGUUACUUAAGUCAUGCUAGCACAUUUGAUAUCUCGUCAUGUUGAUGCAAGAAAGCCCGUAGCAAAACAUUUCUGUGCACCGCAUCAGUACAGAUAUGCACUUACAUUGUGCAAUAUUCGUGUGGCUUAGGGUGCUUUCGCACGCAUGCAUUGCAUGAAAUUGUGGUGUUAAAGGCGUUCUUGCACCGACACGACAAUCUAAUACCUAAUCUCAUCGAUGAAUGCAAGGUACCAUGGAUAAUCUGAUGAUGAUGAUCUAACCAAUGUGGUGAUGUGUUUUAGUCACAUAUGUCUCUGAAACGAUGCCCAGGGGACCGUUUCAUCAACAUUUUUGUCUGACAAGUUUUCAGACCUAACAUCUUUCCUUGAUUCUGAUUGGCUGA